UGAUGUUCCAGUCGCCAGACGCCCCCCUUUGCUGACAGCUGUUCUGCUCUCUUUCGCGACAGGUGCCAGGAUGUACGGACUCCUGCUGGAGAACAUGUCCGAGUACAUCAAGCAGGUGUACGGCGAGGACCGCUGGGAAGAGAUCCGGCGCCAGGCGGCAGUCGACCAGCCCAGCUUCAGCGUCCACCAGGUCUACCCGGAGACGCUGAUCCCGCGCCUCGCCAAGAAGGCCAUCCAGGUGCUGGGAAUUACGGAGCGCGAGUUCUUCGACCAGAUGGGAGUGCACUUUGUGGGCUUCGUCAGCCAGUACGGCUACGACCGGGUCCUCUCCGUACUGGGUCGCCACAUGAGGGACUUCCUCAACGGUCUGGACAACCUCCACGAGUACCUGAAAUUCUCGUACCCACGCAUGCGCGCGCCAUCCUUCAUCUGUGAGAACGAGACGCGCCACGGCUUAACCCUGCACUACCGCAGUAAGCGACGCGGCUUCGUCUACUACACCAUGGGGCAGAUCAGAGAGGUGGCGAGGCACUUCUACCACAAGGAGAUGCGCAUCGAGUUGGUGCGCGAGGAGCUACUGUUCGACACGGUGCACGUGACCUUCCAGCUGACGUUCGACAACCGCGCCUUCACGCUGGCCUCGCUCACCAUGACCCGCGAGGAGAAGCACCUACCCAUCAGCGCCUCCAUGCUCUUCGAGAUCUUCCCCUUCUGCAUCGUCUUCGGGAACGACAUGGUGAUUCGGAGCAUCGGGAACUCUCUCAUGGUUAUUCUGCCUGACCUCAUCAGUAAGAAGAUUACAAACUGGUUUGACCUCGUGCGCCCCUUAAUUGCCUUCAGAUUUGAAACUAUCUUGAACCGCACAAACAAUAUUUUCGAGCUGGUCACCGUGGAACCGGUUCUGACGGAGCGGCCGUCGGACAGGAAGAAACACGAGAUAAUACUCAGCGACCAGUCCGAUUCAGUCGACGAAAAAAAGCUUAGGCUGAAAGGGCAAAUGAUAUACAUGGACAGCUGGCAAAUGAUGAUGUACCUGGGAACGCCGGUGAUGCCCGACCUCAAUUCCCUCAUUACUACGGGGCUCUACAUCAAUGAUCUCUCAAUGCAUGACUUCAGCAGAGAUCUCAUGCUAGCUGGCACCCAACAGUCUGUGGAGCUGAAACUGGCAUUGGAUCAAGAACAACAGAAGUCAAAAAAAUUGGAAGAAUCCAUGAGAAAACUUGAUGAGGAGAUGCGGAGGACAGAUGAACUGCUUUACCAGAUGAUACCAAAGCAAGUUGCUGACAGACUGAGAACUGGCGAGAAUCCUAUUGAUACUUGUGAGAUGUUUGACACUGUGUCUAUACUAUUCUCAGAUGUGGUGACUUUCACAGAAAUCUGCAGCAGGAUCACACCAAUGGAAGUUGUCUCAAUGCUGAAUGCUAUGUACUCUAUUUUUGAUACACUGACAGAAAGGAACUGUGUCUAUAAGGCAUUUGUGCGAAAUAGGCCUGACCAGGAUAUUUCUGUCUUGCGCCGCCAGGUAGAGACCAUAGGUGAUGCUUACAUGGUUGUGUCUGGUGCUCCAGAGAAAGAAAAGAACCAUGCAGAGAAAGUAUGUGAUAUGGCCCUUGACAUGGUGGAGGCAAUCACAGACCUCAAAGAUCCUUCAACAGGAUCUCAUUUACAGAUACGUGUCGGUGUGCAUUCUGGGGCUGUUGUGGCUGGAAUUGUAGGCCUCAAAAUGCCACGAUAUUGCCUCUUUGGGGAUUCAGUUAAUACAGCAUCACGAAUGGAAUCAACAAGUGAAGCAAUGAAAAUACACAUUUCAGAGUCAACACGUGAUCUUCUUCCAUCAACAUACCACGUAUCAGAGAGAGGAGAAAUACAAGUAAAAGGAAAAGGUUCAAUGAAGACAUAUUGGUUGGACAAAAAAGAGUAUCGUAAUCAAUUAAUGCGCAUGGCUAUUCCUGGCCCAAAACCACAGUGGGAAUAUGAUGCUGAUCGUGCAUCUAUGCAUGGUCUGCUAGGCCCCUCCGAUGAACGUCGUGUCUAUUCACCAGUCACUUUUCAAGAUGUGGCAAGGCGUUCUAUAGCAAGUUCACCUGUUAAAACCACAGGGAAUCGAGAAAUACGUUCCAACUCCAUGGGAGCAGUAUUUGCAACUUCCUGCAUGGCAACAUCUUCAGCAUGUGACAUUGAUCGGGCAGAUGUAAUCACUUCCUUCACACGGAUACAAACUACAUGUACAGCUGUCUCACCACAAGGGAGGGCUGCUCCCUUGAUGAAGUUUCCAUCAAUAAACAGUGUGUCCUCAGAUGGAGCUCUUCUGCCUAUACCUCCUCUAAAUUCUCCAGUUCCUGGCACAGAUUGUGAAACUGUUAAUUCUCACUUUGGUAACUGCCCUACACUGACUUGUCACAAGGAAAGUACUCUGUGUGACAUGCAUCAUCCAUAUGGAAAUAUACAAAGCUCAACAGUAGUUCCAGAAGAAGAUGAAGAGGGAGACGAGGAAGAAGACAGUGUGCCUGUGAAGAUGCAGCUUCCACCCACUUCACGUUCUGAUGGGAGCCUAUGCAUCCGCACUAAGAAAGUGAUUCACCGUAGCCAGGGACACGGAAUGGUCCAGCAACAGUGUUGUGGUGGGUUUGGCAACUCUGGGGCAAAAGACAAACAGCACAGCAAUUCUUGUGAUAUUCUCUGAAGCUAAACUUUAAUUUUAGUUAUUAACAUUAAAGAAUUUGCAUACAGUUGUACCACGGUUGUAUUUUUCAAGUGUUGAAGUGUGUUUCAUUU